AUGAAGACUGUGACUCAACUCUCUAAGUGUUAUGAAGUUAUGGUGAAGGAGUUCAUUGUGAAUCUUCAUGAAGACUGUGGCAAUAAGGAAACUGAAGAGUAUUUAAAAGUGUUUGUCAGAGGAAAAUGUAUUAACUUCUCGCCCAUUGAGAUCAACAAAUUUCUUGAAAAGAUUGGAGCUGCCAACUGGGUGCCUACUCAACACAAGUCUACAAUUGCUGCUCUCCUAUGUAAAUUCAGUUUUUCUAUUGGUACUAAGUCCAAAGUUGAUUAUGGAACUUAUAUUUUUGAGCAAACCUUAAAGCAUGCUGAUAGCUAUAGUGUCAAAGGCCCCAUUGUCUUCCCUUCCCUUAUUUGUGGAAUCAUCUUAAAACAAUUUCCAAAUAUUUUGACUGACAAAGAUUCGGUGUGCAAAAGAGCAAGCCCUUUAAUCUUUCAUCAUAAGCUUUUUCAAGGAACUCAUGUUUAUGAUGUUAACACAUCAUCGGCUGGACCAUCAAAAGAGAGCACAAUUAUGAGUAAAGUUGCCAUGAUUGCUACGCUCCAAGAGACCAGUAAGGAGCUGGAGUCCAGAAAAUUGGCUCUUGAAAGAUUGAUCAGCUCCCUUGAAACGAGUGAAAGUGCUAAAUCAGCAUAUACUGAUGUGGAGGAACAGGGUGAAGAUGAUGGUGGAUCAUACAGUGAGAGUGAGAGAGCAGCCAGUCCUGAUGACGGCACUGAUAAAAGUAUAGAACUCAGUAGCUCUGAGUAUGAAGACUAA